UUCUACACACAGGAGGCGGCGCCCCCAAUUCCCUCUCUUCUCUUCCCAAUCGGAGCUGCUAUUCGCCGCCGCUCCUUCCUCUCCGGCCGCCCCACCGCUCCCUCCGCCCCGACUCGCCGCCGCUCCACCGCCCUGAAUCGCCGGUUCUUCCGGUCGUGAAUCUCUCACGCUAGAAAAAUCCUCUUUCGAAGAUUUUACAGAACUAGGGUUUAUCAACAUGUCUGCAUUCGGCGCUUCAACGGCUAACGCCAAUCCUAAUCGCUCAGCUGAGGUCGCGUCGCCUCCGAGUGAUUCAGUUUCGAGCUUGUGUUUCAGUUCGAAGGCCAAUCACUUGGUCGCUACGUCUUGGGAUAAUCAGGUACGAUGUUGGGAGGUGCAGAAACAAGGAACCACUAUCACCACUGUUCCUAAGGCUUCGAUAUCACAUGAACAACCGGUUCUCUGCUCAGCUUGGAAGGAUGAUGGAACAACUGUAUUUUCUGGUGGUUGUGACAAACAAGUCAAGAUGUGGCCAUUACUAUCCGGUGGACAACCUGUAACUGUGGCCAUGCACGAUGCUCCUGUUAAAGAUCUUGCUUGGAUCCCAGAAAUGAGUCUUUUAGUCACAGGAAGCUGGGAUAAGACACUUAGGUAUUGGGAUCUGAGACAGCAGAAUCCAACUUGGGUGCAGCAGCUUCCUGAGCGGUGCUAUGCGCUUACUGUUAAACAUCCCCUUAUGGUUGUUGGCACUGCGGAUAGGAAUCUUGUCAUUUUCAACCUACAGAACCCUCAGACAGAGUUCAAGAGAGUCAUGUCACCAUUGAAGUACCAGACUAGGUGUUUAGCUGCAUUCCCAGAUCAGCAAGGCUUCUUAGUUGGCUCAAUUGAAGGCAGAGUUGGGGUACACCACCUUGAUGAGGCACAAGCAAGUAAAAACUUUACUUUUAAAUGUCACAGAGAUGGCAAUGACAUUUACUCUGUCAACUCACUGAAUUUUCAUCCUGUGCACCAGACAUUUGCCACUGCUGGAUCUGAUGGCGCCUUUAACUUUUGGGACAAAGAUAGCAAACAGAGGCUUAAGGCUAUGCUGAGGUGCAGUCAGCCGAUAACUGCCAGUGCUUUCAACCAAGAUGGGUCUAUAUAUGCGUAUUCGGUUUGUUAUGACUGGAGCAAAGGUGCUGAAAAUCACAACCCAUCAACAGCAAAGACCAAUAUUUACCUACACCAGCCCCAGGAUGCCGAGGUCAAGGGCAAACCCCGAGUCGGAACAAGCAACCGGAAGUGAAGCUUCUGCCCUUUUGCUAAUGAAGAGAAAUUACAGAAUCUGUACAUGGCCAUUUUGCUAAGAGAUUUAUCUUCAAAUACUUAAUUUCUCAGUUA